AUGUCAUUUGUCAACGUUAUUCGUCGAGCAGCCAUUCAAAGUGCUUCACGUUCCCGUUUAUACACCACCACCCCUCCUACUCCUCCUACUACUACUUCGCAACGACUCAAACAACAAGCCAAAGACAAGGCCGCUCCCAAAGUGGGCAAACUCAAGGAACUAGCACAAAAGUAUGGUGCAGCAAGUGUCUUGGUCUAUCUUGGUAUCGGCAUGGUCGAUUUGGGUAUUGCAUUUGCCGGGAUCCAGUGGGUGGGUCAAGAUCAGGUCAAGCGAUUGGAAGACGAUGUUAUGAAAACAGUCAACAAGUGGAUGAACCGAACGCCCGCGCAAGAACCACAGCAGCCUGAGGAGGAUAGCAACAAACAAUUAGAAACCAAGGAACAACCAUCAUUGGCUUCAGUAUUCUUGUUGGCCUAUGGUAUUCACAAAACCUUGUUUUUGCCAUUGAGAGUAACUGUCACUGCAGCUGUCACCCCAGCCUUUGUACGCAAGAUCCAUCAACUUGGUUGGCAUAGAUACGCUCCUCGUCUCUUUGGUGGUAAUGGUGCAGCAGCAGCAACAGCUUCCAAAAAGCCUUAA